AUGUCGCCCGAACACAUCAGAUCCAACAUCCACCGCUUCCGCGUCCGACAGACAUCCCCAUCCUCGCCAGCCCUGCGUCGCUCGGCUUCUCCUCCCGCAGUACGCCCUCCACCGCCCCAAAUAUCUUCGUCCUCAGCCCACCCGGGAGCUCCGGAUGUCUUCCCCGAUGUCUCAUCGUCUGCAGCAGCCAUCGCGGCCUCAGUCUCGGCCUCGGCCCCAGCGCCGCCGUCAGGGCCAAUCUCACCGGCGCUGACGGGUCAAAGUCCGACCGCAGUCACUACUGCCGCCAACCUCUCCGCUUCCGCAGUAGCAGCGGCGCCGUCGUCGUCGUCCAUCAUCUCGGCGGCCUCUCCAAAGGUCGCCCGCGACAUCCCCGCCUGCGAUCGCUGCCGCAGCUUCAAGAAGAAGUGCAGCCGCACCUUUCCCAUCUGCACCUUGUGCGCCAACGCGGGACACAAGUGCUCCUUUUCCACGCCCGCCGCCUCCACCGCCGCCCAGACGCACCACCUGCGCGCCCGCAUCGAAUGGCUGACGCGCUUCAUCAACGAAAACCUCCCCAUCGCCGGCGGCGUCCCCGGUGUCGAGACCCUGGAUACGGGUACGGAUAUCGCUUCCGUAUUGGGAUCUUCGCCGGCUGCUACUACGGUUACGGCCGUGGGCCAGCCGUUGGAGAUUCACCCGGUCACGCCGGUGGCGAACGGAACCACGCCCGGGUCUAUUAUCAGUGCCGAGAGCAAUCGGGGGGAUCCGCGGGACACGUUUGCCGUGCACCAGCAACCGCUCGGGACCUCGGGGUCUAUUCUUUUUGAUCAGAGGAGUCUCGCGGUGAAUUUAGACACGGAAUCAUCAUCGUCGAGGGGCAAUGAUCACAUGCGAGCUCUGCUCCAGCCGGCACCGGAGCCCGGAAGGAUCCUCGGCAUCGAGAGUCUCCGCGACGGAGAGGGCUUCACGUCCUCAAGCCUGCCCCGCGAUGCCAUCGCUCGAAGGUUCGUCGACGCCUACUUCCGCAACGUCAACCGGGCCUAUCCAUUCGUCAACAGGACCAAAGUCCUGCGGAACCUCGAGUCUCUGGGCGAUUCGUCCAAGCGGCGCAGGGAUGCCGAUUCCACGCUGCUCUACCUCAUCAUGGCGAUUGGGUGCACCACCCUGCAACGGGCCGGCCAGAUACCCAACGACACGGCGUCCAAGUUCGACGUGGCGUACGCCGACAUCAUCCAGGAGUGUCUGGCCAGGGAGGACCUCGAAUCGAUCCAGAUACUCGUCCUGGUGGCUCUCUACUCACUCUUCGACCCAAAGGGAAUCUCGACGUGGUCUAUAGCAGGCAUCGUCUCCCGCCAGGCCAUGCUCCUCGGGCUGAGCAGGAGAUCGUCCGAGGACAAGAACCUCUCGGCCAUGGACAUUGAAUUACGCCACCGUCUGUUCUGGAGCAUCUACGUCCUAGACCGUAUGAUGGCCAUCUCCCUAGGUCUCCCCGUGGCCCUUAUCGACGAGAACGUCGAUGUCCCCCUGCCAGGCCUCACGAUCGAAGAGUUCGCGUCCCCGGACCGCCAGCACUUCGCUUCCAUCCUCCAGACGAACCGCCACGUCAUCCAGCUCAGGCAGCUCGAGGAUCGCAUCCUCAAACAGAUCCACACCCGGAAACAGUCCGAGGUUGCCGCGCUCUCGCAGGCCGACAGGCGCGCCAUUGUGCAAAACAUACGCUCCGAGAUUGAAAACUGGUACAGCAACGGCUGCCUCGUCUCCCCGCUGGAGCCGGACAACGUCCCCAUCCACAACUCGGUCACCUGGCUCAGCGCGCGGUACUACCACCUCUUGCUCCUCCUGCACUACCCCUGCCACUUCAACUCCUGCGGCUCCAUCGUCUCGGCCGUCGAACUACUGCGCUUCGCACAGAAACAUCUCCAGUCGACCUCCGUCCUCCUCCAGCAGCGCCAGCUCCCGCUCAACCGCGUGACAUUGUGCCGCCUGUUGCCCGUCGGCCUGGUCCUGAUCCACAGCUUCAUCGCCUGCGCCGCGGAAUGCACAUCCUUCUCGGCCCGCGACGAGGUCGCCGUCAUCGUGAGCAUCCUCGAGGCCUUCCCGGGGGGCUGGGACCACGCGCGGCAGGCUGCCCAGGUCUUUCGGCAGUUCAUGGGCCUCAUCUCCGGCGUGCCCAAUAACGGGUACACGACGCUGCACUUCCCUGGUAGCAACAACGCCAACGUAUACGGGCACGGCGGCGGCGGCGGUGGCGGCGGCGGCGGGCCAUUUUCUUCCAGGGAGUCGUACCAGGCCAUGGUCCGGCCCCUCAUCACGAGGCUCGUUGCGCUGAUGCAGGAGGUCCUCGGUCGGUCGACGUGCUACGCCUUUCACGAGUUUCCCGACGAUUGCGGCGGGCAGCCUUCGGCGCCCGCGGGGUUCAGGGGCCAGACUGCGUUUUCGCCGACGGGGCCUACGCGGCAUUCGACGGCGGUGGGGAAUGACGAGUCGGCCAUGGACUACGGCUGGGGAUCGUUGGAACUGGGGUUUCUUUGA